AGUCAUUCCAAUUUUCCCACACAUAAAAAAAAAGUAUGUCACAUGUGGAUAUUUCUGAAUGGCAACAAAUCCCAUAUUCUUCAUCUUCAACUACAACCAAUAAUACUAACAAUAAUACUCAAAUAGCUCCUGAUGAAAUGACUACUUUGCCCUUGAUUGAGGAUAUUACUAUUGAUAAUAAUAAUAGUAAUGAUGAUGAUGAUGAGAAGGGUGAAUAUGGAAAUAAGUGGUUGAAAAAGAGUUUAAGAGAAUUGAGUUGUUGGAUUGUUCAAGUGGCUUCAAAGAUGAGAAAUUAUGCUUCUUCUAAAGUUGGAAUUGGAAAAUUCACUUAUAAUAGUAGAAUAUUGACAUUUCUUUUGGUUCCAUUGUUUUAUUGGAUGAUAAAGAAAAAAUGGAGGAGUCAAAGACAAAUUGAUAAUACUUCUAACAAACUUAUGCUACUUGUCCAAGAAAAAGACCAGAAAAUCGAACAAUUAUCGCUCCAAAUUAGCCAGAUGAAUGAGUCCCUACUAACACGGCGAAAAGUUCCGGUCCUUCAAGUAGGCUAAUAUAUA